AUAGAGUUGUCGGUUAUGUGGUUAUGGCAUACCGGUAGCAACGUCGACGCCAUUUUAAGGAGUGUAGUGUCUAAAGAUGCAGUUGUUCCUGUAUUCGUUUUAAUUAAUCGAGCGAGAGUAAAGUUGACGUAUUAUUGUAAUAUUUCAACAAAAUGACGCAAUUUUUACCUCCGAAUUUACUUGCGCUUUUUGCUCCUCGCGAUCCAAUACCUUAUUUGCCACCGGCCAGCAAGCUUCCACACGAAAAGAAGAAUGGAGGAUAUAUCGGCGUUGGAGCAUUUCUCAAAUAUUUUGAGGAUCCGAAAGAUACUCCGCCACCUGUACGCGUUGAAACUCGUGAAGAACGUUUGGAGCGUCGUAGGAGAGAACGUGCCGAGCAAGUUGCUUAUAAAUUAGAACAAGAAAUCGCAGUAUGGGAUCCUGCUGGUAUUCCCAAUGUGACGGCAGAUCCUUUUAAAACCUUAUUUGUAGCAAGAAUAAAUUAUGAUACAUCGGAAUCAAAGCUUAGGAGAGAAUUUGAAGUCUAUGGACCGGUAAAAAAGAUUGUGGUAAUUCAUAAUACAAUAAAUGGCAAACCUAGGGGAUAUGCUUUCAUUGAAUAUGAGCACGAAAGAGACAUGCACUCGUGGUGGCCGCUGCCGGCAACUAGUGCCGUUCACUAUUCCAUGCAAUCCCUGAACCUGCCUGAUAUGAUAGCUGCGUAUAAGCAUGCCGAUGGUAAGAAAAUAGAUGGUCGCAGAGUAUUGGUUGACGUGGAGCGUGCAAGAACGGUAAAAGGGUGGCUCCCUCGACGACUUGGUGGUGGUCUAGGUGGUACUCGCAGAGGUGGACCUGAUGUGAAUAUAAAGCACUCCGGUAGGGAAGAUAACGAAAGAGAAAGAAAACGAUAUCGUCUCGAGCAAGAGAGGGAAACCUCAGGGCGAGGGCUGGACAGGGACAGGGAUCGCGAUCGUUUGGACAGAGAACGCAGAAGGUCACGCGAUCGUAAACGAAGAUCAAGGAGUAGGUCACGCGAUCGGAAACGUAGACAUAGUCGAGAUCGUUUACCGGAUCCUGACAUUGAGGAAAUUCAAAGAGACGAACGACCACGCGACAGAAGAGAUCGUGAUCGUGAUCGUGAUCGUGAUCGAGAUCGUAAAAGGAGUAACGAUCGUGAUCGCGAUCGCGAUAGGGAUAGGAAGAGAAAUAAAAGGGACAGAGAUCGUGAACGUAGGGAUAGAAAAGAUCGUGGUGAUCGUCAAGACGAAGAUACCAAGGAAAUUCGUAUUAAGGAGGAACCUUUGGAUGAUUAUCCCGAUUAUAGUAACACGUUUUCAACGUCAGGAUCGUAUUUCACCGCAGUCAAGUAUGAAGACGAUAACGAUCAAGAAGUCGAAGAAAAAUAUAGAAUUCCCGAAGGUCGCCCUGAUCCACCCCCAUACAAUAAUUACGACUCUGUACAAGAUUAUUGAUCUCAGUAAUAUGCCUUAUGACGUUUUCUCUCUGCCCGCGACGAAUCGAUGCGACCAUCAAUAAUGUUAUAUUGUAUUUCCUAUUGUUAUUAGUGUAAUGCUGUACUUACCGCAUUUGAGUACCGAAUUGUAUAGUGGAAUGGAAAAUUAAUGACCAGAUAUUCUAUUGGCAUAUUGCAAGGUAAGCAGCUUUGAUCUACGUUUAUAAUUAGCCGUUCCUUGGUAAUUAAUUUAGAAUAUUACAUAUUUUUCGUCGUUGGAACGAAAGGUAAAAUUUCAUUGAAAUUUUUAAGAUUGGAAUGUAUUAAAUACAAUAUUCUAGCAGUUCAAACAGAACCUCGCAAUAUGGAACACACAUACACAGAAGUUCAUAAACGUUUUCAACCUUAUUGCUACCACAAAUAAAAAGUACUGUCACUCGCUGUAUUUGUACAUACAUAAUAUGAGUAUAUGAAUGAAUUGAAA